AUGGCUGAACCGGACUACACACCAGAUCCGCUGCCGAUGGGACGCCUGACUUGGAUGCCCAGCGACCGGGCAGCCGUGACGGUUCUAGUAGCGGUCCGCCAACAGCGUCACGCUACAGGGCCUGGUAUCCCUGCGGCUGUGAGCGCCACCAACGUUAUCAGUAUCCGUAUAUGA